AUGCCAGAACCCUUUGGUUUUGAUAGUUAUCGGCAUUUUCAACCACUACAAUAUCACUUGUAUGGGUCUCUGGCACCGAGUCGCAAGGGGCUCGCGCCGGAUGAGCGCACAAGUCAUGACUUAUUUAUGGCGGAUGAUUUGAGGGAACAACUGACAAAGAAGCAAGAAGCAGUACUGCAAACGCUGCAAAACUCGAACCUGCCCACUACGCUGCAUAGCUACCACUCUUUGGUGCCGCUUGACUUGCAGUUGGAACGGAGUACGCGUGUCUUUGGCUAUCAGACGUAUGCGUAUAAAGCGACAAGCAAGCAUGAUGGCAAUAAAUACUGUUUGCGACGCGUCGAGGGGUUUCGCCUACAAAGUGAAGCGAGCAUAACCCUGGUGCAAAAAUGGAGGAAAGUACGGUGUGCGAGUGUGGUGGAGGUACGCGAAGCCUUUACGAGCAAAGCCUUCACGGGAGACAGUAUUGUCUUUGUCUAUGCGUACCAUCCCCUCAGCAGCACGCUCUACGAGAAACACUUUCGGCAACGCAAACCAUGUCCUGAGACUGUGCUAUGGAGCUACCUCUCGCAGCUGUACAAUGCGCUACGAGCUAUUCACGCGUGUGGCCUGGCAUGCAGAUUAUUGGACCUCACAAAGAUCUUGGUCACGGAGAAGAACCGCAUUCGCAUCAACUGCUGCGGCAUGCUGGACGUGCUGCAAUACGAUCCCUAUGCCGACAUCAAGUACCUACAAGCCAUGGACUUGACCCUUGCUGCUGCGCUCGUACUAGGCUUGGCACUCAAUGAUCCCGAAGUUUGGCCAGAUGCACAAUUCAACUUUGACUUGACGACACGCGGCUAUUCGAGCCAACUGAAUGACUUUAUGCACCUGGUGCUCGAGGAUGCAGACAAUGGCUGUUCACUGUCGUUGGAUGCUGUGCUAGGUCACCUUGGCUCUGCUUCCUUGGAGAGUAUGGAUGCGGCACUCUCGUACAACGACACACUCGAAUCAGAACUCGCAACAGCAACGGAGAAUGGCCGGCUUGUUCGCCUCUUGUGCAAAUUCGGCUUCAUCAAUGAGCGGCCCGAAUUUGAGCAUGAUCCGGCAUGGUCAGAGACGGGUGAUCGUUAUCUCCUUAAGCUAUUCAGGGACUAUGUCUUUCAUCAGGUCAACGAGCGCGGUCAACCUGUACUGGAUCUGGGUCAUGUCCUUGCUUGUCUCAAUAAGCUUGAUGCUGGCAUCGAGGAACGGGUGAUGCUCAUCAGUCGAGAUGAGACGAGCAGUAUUGUAGCUUCGUAUCGUGAACUGAGGCAGCUCGCUGAAUCGGCCUUCAACGAGCUGCGUCGGCGUAGCUGA